UCGAGGUGUUCGAUACAGACCUUUGCUAAACGCGUCGAGUAGACGAUCGUCUCUGUCUAGUCGAUAGUUUUAAUUGUCAUUUUGAAAGAUCAUUUGACAGAUAUCUUGUUGGGGAAAAAAUUUUGUGUUCCGUUUCCGUUUUUACGAUUUGUUGGACUCAAUUUUCGUCGGAUGCAAUGCAGCAUUGAGGAUUAUGUUCUCAUCGUGGAAAAUCUGCUGUUCUCGAAUAUCUCAGAGAUGGAUACUUGCAGUAAUGGGAUGUCUCGCUAUUUCCAAUGCCUUCUCGAUGCGAAUCUGCCUGAACGUAGCCAUCACGGAGAUGGUGCGAACGUCCGAGGCGUCCAAUAGCACAAGUUCCGACGAGACUUGUCCAGCAUCCGAGUCAACAUCCUCGAGUUCGAGCGGCAAAGGCGCUUACGAUUGGGAUGAAUAUACGCAGGGAAUCAUCCUGUCGAGUUUCUUCUGGGGUUACAUCAUCACCCAAAUACCGGGAGGAAUACUUGCGGACAAAUUUGGAGGGAAAUACACUCUCGGUAUCGGCAUUCUGGCCACGGCUAUAUUCACAAUGCUCACACCAUCGGUGGUCGAAGCGUUCGACGCGACGGGUCUGAUAGUUCUCCGAAUUCUGAUGGGUUUUGGUGAGGGAACAACUUACCCUGCGGUGAACGUGCUGAUAGCCCAAUGGGCACCGCCACAAGAGAGGUCGAAAAUCGGGACGGUAGUGAUGGCAGGUAUGCAGGUUGGCUCGGUGGUGGGAACAGCCUUGUCGGGAGUCCUGAUCCACAAUUCCUCGAUGGGCUGGCCAGUGGUCUUCUACGUCUUCGGAGCCUUCGGCGUGGUCUGGUUCCUGGCCUGGAUUCUACUCUGCUCCAGCUACCCUGACUCACACCCGUUCAUAUCCGACCAGGAGAAGAAGUACCUGCACGACGCGAUGGUCGAGCACACGCACAAAGAAACGGGACCGACGCCAUGGAGGCAGAUCCUGACCUCGGCACCGAUGUGGGCUUUGCUGAUUGCUAAGGUUGGCGAGAAUUUUGGCUUCCAAACGAUGGUAACCGACCUUCCGAAGUACAUGAGCAGCGUCCUCAAGUUCUCGAUACAGGCGAACGGCUUCCUCUCGGCUCUUCCUCUCCUCGCGAUGUGGGUCAGCGGCAUCGCCUCGUCCUGGUUCGCUGACUGGUUGAUAGCGAAGGACAGGAUCUCUAGGACGAACCUGCGCAAGGUCUGCGCGACCAUCGCCUCAGCAGGACCUGCGGUUUUCCUCAUCGCCGCGUCCUACGCCGGAUGCGAUCGCAUCCUUGUUGUAACCCUUUUCACCGUCGGUAUGGGCCUGAUGGGCCUUAUGUACCCGAGCACCAUGGUUAACGCCCUCGAUCUCAGUCCCAACUACUCGGGAACGCUGAUGGCCAUGACGACGACGGUCGUCGCAGUUGCUGGAGUCCUCGCACCCUACGCGGUCGGCGUUCUCACGCCGAAUCAGACUCUUCAGGAAUGGAGGAUCGUCUUCUGGAUCACCUUCGCAGUUUACUUGGUCACGGUUCUGGCCUACGCCAUCUGGGCAGACGGCGAAGUUCAAUACUGGAAUGACGCCAGCUUCCGGAUUCAAAGGCUGCAGGAAAACGACGAUGACAACCAAGUACGUGGAGGUCGGUCGACAUCCAAGCACCCGGAUCAACUACCAUCCGUUUGAUUGUAGUUUGCAAUCGUAUCAUCUAUUUAUUCAUCUUUCUUAAACCGUUAAGUUCAUACCGUGUUGCGUAGUCGGUGCGAAAAUCAACCCAAGCUCUUUUUUCUCAUAGUUCUAUAUUUUUAUUCAGUCUUUCCUCAUACUUUUAUUGGUAACGAUGACUUAUCGUUCGUUGUAAAUUAGACAUACAUAAACUACUUUCUUACAAAAUGUAAAAAAAUAUGAGGAAUUGGUAAACUCAGUUUCUCCAAUUCGCGCCUUUCACAGUCACAAAUACUUCACCGCGUGCUUAAAUUAUUUAAACGCUCAGUAGGUUACAGUAUUUAUAUGCAAAUGUAUAACAUUCAUUAUAUAAAUAUUGUAACGUUCUUGGACGUUACGGAAAUAUAUAUGGAUUCGUGAGUUUGAUUAUCAAG